UUGAGUGGCAUCUUUUUACUUCUUCCAGCCCCUCAGCACAAUGUGAUCCUUAUUCAUCAAUCUGGCGCUCUUCAGCGUUACUCUCCCACUAAUCCAGACAGCAAUGGGGUCCACCUCCUACCUCUUAGCGUGGCUACGACACCGCCUACACCGUCCUCGAAUCAGCACCAUAAUUUUAUGUUAGCCUUCCUCACUUUACCUCCUUCAUUCCAUCGAAACACGUAUCCUGAGUUGAGUAGGUUGUCCGUCCUUCCAGUAGGCCAUCGAGUGGUUGCGGCUGUCUGGGAGUCCGUAUACAAUGUUGGAUUUUUCAUGCUUCUUCAGCCAGUUGUCCGCCUGCUUGCCAUCACUCCAUCUCUUGGCCAUGUUGAAUCGGUCGACUUAAGCAGACCCAGCUCCAUUUCGGAUGACGUAUUCCCAACAGCACAAUCGCACUAUUCACGGCGCCGACAAGGCCAUUGGACUUCCCAUAUUUCGACCUCAUCCGAUGAGGAUCUUUGGGAGUCGCGAGUGGGUGACCUGGAGUCGGGUGUCUGGCCGCAGCCGAAUACCGAUGAAAGAGACCUCGACGACCUCGGCAGGGCACCGAAGGUGGGGAUGAUGAGUUCGCCCAGGAGCGUGUUGGAAGGUAGACAGGAGGACAUAUCACGGUUACGUGUUCGACUCGCUUUUAUGAACUUACUAACAGGUCGAACUUACCUUCUAGACGAUGGACCCGGUAAGUUGAAUAUAUUUACUCGUAAUGUUCUUUAA